GGCGCAAAUGGCCGCGGCUAUAAAACGCUAACCCCCGAGUCCACAGUGGUUCAGUUUGUCCGGCCACGACAUCACUGCCGCCAUGGAGAGCCUGUCGCACCCCGCCGUCGCCGUGCCGCUCCUGGCGCUCCUGUCGCUGGCCCUCCUGACCCCGGGGACGAGCGCCUGCAAUGGCUUCCGACUGGCGGUGAAGAAGGCCGACACCAAGUGCGCCGACGGCUCGCCCAGCGUCCUCACGAUGCGGGACUUUAGCGUGAUGCUCACCCCCGACUGCAAGUUCGUACCCAAGGGGUGCGUCAAGGCCAACAAGAAGUUCGCGCAGGCCGAGGUGUCCUACGUGAUCAAGUCGUCGACCGGCGUGCCCCUCGCCGAGGGUACGAAGAACGCGUGCGAGGCCAUGGAGGAGGCUUCCAAGAACCGGGAUGCCAUCAUGAUGAUGGACAUGUUCCAGCUGCCCAAGAAGUGCCCCGUCGAGGAGGGUGAGAAAUGCGCGGACGGCAAGACGGUCGACAUUUCGCAGUGGAAGGACAAGCUGACACCCGGUGGCAUCAAGGCAGAGGUGAAGAUCAAGCACGAAGGGGACAUGGUGUCCUGCCUCAACUUCGAAGGAGCGCUUAAAAAGUGAGCGCGCGGCAAACACGGUCCGAACAAUCCGUCAAUAUUCGAAUUGAAAUAACGCAGUACCAAUGAUGUUUUCCCUAGAGUAUUAAAGACAAUUCUAACAAUAA